GGCCGAUAGAAGAGAACCACUGAAAGAGGGGCAGGGCUGUAAGGAUCUAUGUGUAAAAAUGUUAUUUUUGGGGGGCAAAACUGGAGAACCUGUGCGCCGCUUUAAGCCUUGGCCUUCGUCUUCACCUCACCGCUCUCGGCCUCUUUCUCCUGUGGCUAUGCUGAUCUAGGGUUUAGUCUUCUGGCUCUAGGGUUUAGGAUUGGGUAGAGCCGAGCUCCCCUCCCGAUCCUCUCCCAUGGCGUCGUCACACCGAGUAAGGGUUGGGACCCUGGUUCCCUUUGCUCAAGGCAAAUCUGGGCCAUCGAAUGCCUCACUGCUAAGCAUUCCCAUCUUUGAGGGUUCCAAUGUCGUUGGGAGGAGUAAUUUGGUGGUUGUCGACAAGAGGGUCAGCCGCAAGCAUUUGAGUCUGCGCGCCUUCGCGGAUGGCUCCGUCGAAGUUGUCGUGGAGGGGCCAAAUCCCAUUGUUGUCCGGUCAGAGGGGCAGGCGAGAAAGGUUUGUGCUCAGGGUAGAGCCAAGAUUGUCUAUGACGAUGUCCUAGAGCUUAUUCCCGGUGAUUAUAUUAUGAAGUAUGUGCCUAUGAGUGAUGAGCGUAAAAGCUCCGCUUCAGUGGAUUCGAAUGACUUAAAGAAGGGAAAGAGGCAUAGCGAGGAAGAUAGCGUAGUUGCAAAGAGGAAUCGGCAAGUCAUGGAAGACGAGGCUUUGGCAAGAACAUUGCAGGUUAUUUUGCGAGAAGAGGGUACAUCUGUUCCUGGCAUGGCUUGUGGUCAAGCAUUAAGUUCACUUGAUAGUGCUGGUUCUUCUGAGAGAAAUAGCAAGAGAACGCAUUCUGCCGGUCCUUUGAAAGAUGUACUCCCAUUGACUUUUCGACUCAUGCGUGUCCAAGGUCUUCCAUCAUGGACUAACACUUCCGCAGUUACCAUUCAAGAUGUCAUUCAGGGUGAUGUGCUUUUUGCUGUACUCUCAAAUUAUAUGGUCGACAUUGAUUGGUUGCUUACGGCAUGUCCAAGCCUAAGGAAAGUUCCACAUGUCCUAGUUCUCCAUGGAGAGGAUGGUGCUUCAUUGGAGCAUUUGAAGAAAUCAAAGCCUGCUAAUUGGAUCCUUCACAAGCCUCCGCUCCCAAUUUCAUUUGGAACACAUCAUUCAAAGGCCAUGCUGCUUGUAUACCCUCAAGGGAUUCGUGUUGUUGUUCACACUGCAAAUUUGAUACAUGUUGACUGGAAUAACAAAAGUCAGGGACUAUGGACGCAAGAUUUUCCCUGGAAAGAUGCAAAUGAUAUGAAUACAAAUAUUUCUUUUGAGAAUGACCUGGUUGAUUAUCUCAGGGCACUUAAGUGGCCUGAGUUCAGGUUAAAUCUCCCAGUUGCUGGUGAUGUCAACAUCAAUGCAGCAUUCUUUAGGAAAUUUGAUUAUAGUAGCUCAACGGUCAGGUUGAUCGGGUCUGUUCCUGGUUAUCACGUGGGCCCCAAUAUGAAAAGGUGGGGCCAUAUGAAGCUUAGGAGUGUUCUUGAAGAGUGUGUAUUUGAAAAGCAAUUUUGUAAGUCACCACUUAUUUAUCAGUUUUCUUCCUUGGGUUCACUUGAUGAGAAAUGGAUGAGUGAGUUUGCAUGCUCGUUAUCAGCUGGUAAAGCAGAGGAUGGAUCACCGUUGGGUAUCGGUAAACCACUGAUUGUCUGGCCUACAGUGGAAGAUGUUAGGUGUUCAAUAGAGGGGUAUGCAGCUGGUAGUUGCAUUCCAAGUCCUCAGAAGAAUGUUGAGAAAGAUUUCUUGAGAAAAUAUUGGUCCAGGUGGAAAGCAGACCAUGUAGGCCGUUGCCGUGCUAUGCCUCACAUAAAAACUUUUACUCGUUACAAUGGUCAAAAUAUUGCAUGGUUUCUGCUUACCUCAUCAAAUUUAAGCAAAGCUGCUUGGGGUGCACUGCAGAAGAACAACACGCAGCUGAUGAUACGGUCAUAUGAGUUGGGCGUAUUGUUCUUGCCCAAAACUCUCCAGUGUGUGCCUCAGUUUUCAUGCACAGAGAAGAAUCGCUCAAACCAGGAUAAACUUGCCCUUGGUAAGAACAUCAAGACCAAGCUGGUCACACUUUGCUGGCAAGGUGAUGAAGAAACAGAUCCAUCUACUACAGAAGUUGUCAAAUUGCCUGUGCCGUAUCAACUCCCUCCACGGCUGUAUGGAGCUGAAGAUGUCCCAUGGUCAUGGGAUCGGAGGUACACAAAGAAAGAUGUGUAUGGUUCGGGCUGGCCGCGCCAUGGCUAGCUAAGCUGUGCGUCUCACUGCAUUCUAGGCAUGGACAUGAACCCGGUAGUAUGUUGAAUGGAUCGCUAGUGAAGUCAUUGUCUGUAGAUAGCACCUGAUUGUUCGUCCUCCCUAUGCCUUGGCCACUCGGCCAGCUGUUAGAGAAACCAGUUGGGAUGGAACAUUUGAUUAAAGAAAUGCUGGAAUAUUUGUUAUUUUAAGCUUACUGAGACGGGAAGUAUAUGUUAUUUGCUGCUUGCUGAUGUGAUGUGUAUCCAGUCUUUUUUUU